AUGACUGAUGUGGAAUCUACAUAUGCAGACUUUAUUGCUUCAGGAAGAACAGGUAGAAGAAAUGCAUUACAUGACAUACUUGUGUCCUCUCCGGGUGGGAACUCCAGUGAACUAGCCUUAAAGUUAUCAGAGCUUGAUAUAAACAAAGCAG